AUGCUCCGCCAGGCUAUUCGAGGAGCUCGAUGGUAUGCGGCGCGCAAACCGUCGGUUUCCCUGCGCCCCUUCAGCGCUGUAACCGCGUGUCGGCUCGACUUCGGUGGGCCAAACGAUAAGGUCAACUUCUUUGAACAAGACGCCCCCGGCCAGAGGCGACGGCCGGUCAAUCCCGAGGCCGAAGAACUCGAGGAGCGAGAGGACAUACAGAAUGAACUCAUAAAGGUGGAGGAAGAGCUCAAAGUUCUAGAGAAAGGCCCAUUCCACCCCGACAGUCCGUUCAUCCAGAGCUUACCGGAAGAGGACCGAAAGAUUGCGCUCGAGGCCCUUCGAAAGUAUGAAGAGGAAAAGGGAACAACAGAUCCGCUGCCGUCCUUGGAUGAUGUUUUUGACGAGGAGCUGGAUGACAUGCUGAAAGAGGAGUUUGAGGGCAUGGCAACAGAGCAAGAGAACUGGCAGGACAGCGCCAGAGAGCAGCGCAAGGUAGCCGCGCGAAAAGCCUCAGAGGCCAGGAAACUAGCGGGCUCCGACUCUCAUCCAUACGCCGACCGAUUUAGAAAAGCUCUUCGCCACUAUACCCUGAACACGUUGGAUGAACGUGCUUGUCAGGAGCUAUGGAAAGCAUAUCGCCGGUGCAAACAAGCCAUCCCAGGAUUUCUAGACGCACUGCCUCCGAAAGCCAUGCAAGCAGUCUGGGAGUCACAAACUACAUCCAAAUUAUCUAAUACUGUCCGUUCAACACAUCUGCAAACCCUUGUCCAAGAUUCUACGUCCGCCGGGAGAUCACUCGCCAAGCCACAAAUCCUGUCAUAUAUCCAAGCCCUGCAUACUGGCGGCGCGACCAGCCAAGCAUUGGAACAGUGGGAGGCAUACCAAUCAGAGCUUUCACAGGAAAAGGAUGAUCUCGAGGAAUACUGGAUGCUCGGUGUCCGACUCUUUGCGGCCGCCAAAGACCCACAACGAGCCCAGGAUAUUGCUUUGGCAUUCCUCUCUAACGACCAAUCUCGACAACCGAGAGUUCUCAUUCCAGUGAUUACAGCAUGGGGUUUAGUUCCAGGGAAGGAAGCGGAGGUGAAAGCAUGGGCGUUAUAUCUGCAGUUGAAAACAUUCUUGGGUCCAGAUAUGACCAUGGACGACUAUGACCAAAUCAGUAUCGGACUUCUUACGGCUGGUCGAUUGGAUACCGCUGUUGCUAUUUUUAAGGAUAUGAUGGUGACAGGACAGGACCCUGCCAAGGAUUCCACGGCCGUGUAUCAAGCAGCCCUUGGCCUCGCUGGCAACCUCCAUGCGUCGAGCAUCAAUGAGAAGGCCGUGAACAAGGUCUCGUUGUCGGCGCUUACGAUGCUACCUCGUCAAUUUCAAAAUCGCUUCUUCUAUGCCAGCUGGAUGAAGAAGCUCAUCGGAAUGGGCCAGGUUGACUCAGCGGCACUGGUAAUUGAACUGAUGUAUGAACGAAACGUGCGACCGGAUACCAAGCACCUCAAUGGCUUAGUUGCAGGGUGGCUUCACGAGGGCAACCCGCAGGCACGAGACAAAGCCGAACGACUAGCAUGGUCGAUGAUCCAACACCGCAUCGAUGCCGUAUGGAAGCGAUUCCAGCCGCUUGAAACGACGCCUCGUCUUCAAGUCAAGCACCAAGAGGUGGAGCCAAGCCGAAUCCCUCAUUUUAUGAAGCGCGAGGUGCCACCUGCCAGCAUCGAGACAUUUUCUAUCCUUCUUCUCCACUACACGCGCCGAGGUGACGACGACAUGGUCAAAUACCUGGUCAAGUGCCUUGGCGACGCACACAUCCAACCAAACUCAUACUUCAUGAACCAUCUUCUCUACGCUGAACUACGCAAACAAGAUAUCCGCUCCCUCUGGACCAAGUUCCAAAAGAUGUCCGCCUCCGUCCGACCCGACCUGGAGACCUACGCCUGUCUGUGGGACUGCGCAAAAUUGCAAUUUGACCGUGGUCGCACCUCAUACGAUGCAGGAUUCCCAUCAGCUCGCCAAUUAUUCGCCGGUAUGAUGCGGUGGUACUCACAACUCACCCCACGAGCCCGCAAAAUCACGGACACCGAAUUCUCCAAGGACCUUUACGAUCAAAUUGUGCGUUGCUUCUGUCUGUCUAAGGAUAUUCCCGGCACACUCGUGGCUAUCCACUCGAUGCGAACAACAUUCGGAUUUGCACCGGACGAUGUGACUGCUCGUUUGAUUGUUCUUCAGGUAGCACGUCUAGCCGGUGUACCUGCCAACACACCGAAGCAUCGUCUCCGUCGGUUGUCAUCUACCCCGCGCAGCAAAGAAAAUAUUGGGCAGGUCAACCGGCUCUUGAAAUUGCUCGGUGAGCGCAAGUCCAUGGCUCUCCAGGCUCAGGGCUUGAGCAUUGAACUGCUUGAUCCGCAGGAGACGCAGCAGUAUCAGCUCGAAAUUAUGGCCCAGCUUUUGCGUAUUGUUCUGAGCCGGACGAACGGUUUGGAUCCUGUGCAGAUUGAGAGGAAAUUGGCACAAGCUGCUGGCGAAAUGGAUCUGCCGGACAUCGAUCUUGGUUCGCCCUUAGGGGUUGAUGAUAGCCAGUUGCUAUAA